UGGCUCCUCCUCACUUCACCCGCCGCAGUCGCAGUAAGACAGGAGACAGGACACAGGAACCGAAGAGGAGUUCAGCGGAUUUUUGUCCUAUUCUCACCUGUAAACAUGGCUCAGGUCAACACCUGCCUCAAACGCCUCUUCACCAUCUUCAACAUCUUCUUCGCGAUUAUUGGUGGUGUGAUCAUCCUGCUCACUCUGCUGUCUCAGGUCUUGACCAACGUUAAUGGAGGAGAAAACCUGCAAGGUCGGACCGCCGGCCUCAUCAUCUGCUACACCGUGGGCGUCGUCACCUUGAUGAUCGCCGUCCUGGGAGCCUAUGGAGCCCACAAGGAGAGCAGAGUGUCCCUGAUCAUAUUCCUGGUCUGCAUGGUGAUCGGCAGUCUGCUGAUGCUGCGAGCCGGAGUCCCAGCCGCCGUCGUCCGACCACAGAUGAGAGACAUUCUUGAGGGAAAGUUCCGUGAAUUUUUGCCUCUGGACAAAGCUUCAGACGAGGUGAAGGACAUGAUGGACGCCCUGCAGACACAGCUGCAGUGCUGUGGCCUGUUCAGUUACACUGACUGGGAGGACAACAUCCCUAACUCCUGUCUGUGCCGCCCGAUGGAGGAGGACAAGUGUCAGACAGUCAGCUACAGAAACUUCAUGCGACAGCAGCAAAAGUCCAUCUACACCAAGACCUGCCUCCCCAUCGUCAUGCAUUACGCCCUGCUGAUCGCUGACAUCACAAUCGGUGUCAUCUUCACCAUGGCUGCCCUGGCUCUGCUGGGCAUGAUUCUCUCGUCCAUCAUGAUCCACCAGAUGCGUUAUCCCGACAGACCCACCGUCCUGCUGUCGGUCCCCACCAUCUUCUCCACACCGCCACCAAAAUACCAGGAGCUGCAAAACCCUCCAAGCUACUGAAGGACCACCUCCACCUUCCUCUGCUGCUGUUAGAUUGUUGAACAGGGUCAGGAGGUCCAGCUCUUAAUGCUGGGUUAUUUUUCUUUUUUUGAAUCUUCAGUUAAACAAGUGAGAGUCCAAAGUGCCUCACGUCUGUCAGGAGCUGCGACUGCUGGCUCCACUGCAAUCAAUAGAAGAUAAGGGGUGCAAACAGAACCCCCCCCCCCCCCCCCCCCCCAGCUUUAUUAAAAAAAAAAAAAAGCUGCUUUAGAAGUACCUGCAACAACAUUAGUUUAUUAAAGCUUUUACUUUACAAAAUAUUCUAUUUCCAAUUGUAGAAUUAAAUAGUCAAAUAUGUAGAGACUUCAAUCUCUAAAAUCUCUGGCAUGUGAACAAGAUUCAAUCAUGGAAACAUGGAACAAAAAGAUCUUUGGUCACAGUGAAAAGCACCUUAGAGUCAAGAUCAUAAAAUAAUUAAAGAUCACAGAAGUAUUUUGUGUUUUACAUGAGCUGUACAAAUUGAAAGUUUUACUUGUAAUUAUGGAAAAAGCAAGAAAAAUUCUUUACUCACAUGCUCUGUCAGCCUUUUCCUGUUGUUCCAUACAAAGAGCUUCAGAUUGUUGUUCCUUGUUGCAUGGUGAAAAAAAAAAAGCACUUUUUAAAACAACUUCCUCCCUAACUUUCAUUUUGUUCUGCUAAUGCAAAAAAAGCAAAUGGCUGAGAAAAGCCAAACCGUAAGUGCCAGAAAUAGUUUGUCCCGCAGAAGCACUGAAAUAAACCACUGUAGCUGCAGUAGUUAGUUUUUAAAAAGUUAUUAUUGAAGGCAAAAAGCAUUUUUUCUACUCCCAACACUGGAAGGACCACUUACAUCCACCAGUGAUAUGUUUGCAGAAGACGUCGCUCUGGUCUGUUACUUUAUUUUUUUAAAGAUUGUUUUUAUAUUCUAUACUUUAUGUAAGUGAAUGUUACCGUGGGUCUUUUCUUUGUUACUGCCUUCACCUGUGUGAAACACCUCUGUGUUCAUGGACAUUUGGAGGUGACAUUAAAAACAUGUUGAGGUUCAAGUGACAGAAUUAUUGUUCCUUAAUGAGGCAAGUAAAAAAAAAAAACUAAAAAGCAGAAGUAAAAAAACUAAAGUCCAGAAAGUCACUUUACUGGUUCACUAA